UCCUAGCCGAUCACCCGCGAUAGACCCCCACUGCGGAAGCACAGGUGAACUGUAUGUGGUAUUGGCGAGUACGACGCAACUUGGGCUAUUUUCAUGCCGAUGCAAUGUCACCAGGCCGGGGAACAGUGAAAUUUUUCAACCUACGAUCGGUUGAUAGCCAUCCCACCUAAGAUUCCGAGUCGGGCUUUGCACAUGUCCUUUUCUUGUUGAGCCGUUCGUCGGACACGCUUCUACCCGGUGGCCUGACUUCACAACUUAAGUGCGAUGAUGGUAUUAGCCGCGCACAUCGACAACUGGUUGCCAACAUCCCAACCAGAUCUAGACUAUUUCAAGUCUUUAUCGUGGUGCAACGACAUUCUGUCAAAUCCUGGCGCGAGACCCUACUCAGUCGACUAUACUAAAUACACGAACCGGCCGACUCGCGGCGGCGACCAUUUCGUCUGCUCCAACUUUUUCCGCGAGGAUUGCAUAUCAAGACACUUGAGCCUUCUACUCGAGCCAGGCGCGUUACCAGCCCUGGAUAAGACAUCUGAGCCCAGACCCAAAGCACAGCUGCAAGUGCCGAAUAUUCCUUUGCCCAGUCGACCAGUCCUCACUGCCUCCCCAACAGCAGACAUGGCUUCCCCCACAGCUGUCCAGGAAAACCCGUUCCCCAUCCAUGUGGACUUAUACACCCUAGGCCCAGAUCUCAUUGGCGUCCCUCAUACGAUACACGGCGGACUGGUCACGGCAUUGAUAGAUGGUAAUACUGGCCGCGUUGGCCACCUGCACCGCGAUCUAAAGAAGCAGGGCUAUAGCGCCUACACAAAUGUCCGGUUUCUCAAGCCCAUGGUUACUGAUGAUACGGACCAUCUAGACAUUAUGAUAAAGUGUCAGAUCAGUUCGCGUCUCUCCGAAGGAAGAAAAGCUGUCGUGCUGGCUAGUGUUGAGGGACCGGGUGGCGUGGUCUACGCUACGGGCGAAGCGAUGAUCGUAGAGACCUUGUGGAAAGAGAGGAUAUCGGGGGUUCUCUAGGGGAUGUGAC